AUGUCGAAAAUUAAUGAAGAAACUUGGAUGAUAUCACCUAAUAAUACAAAUAUAACAGAAUCUGCUUAUGCAUUAAUAAUCACUAUUGAUUCUGAAGAUUUAAGUGAAAAUGACUUUAAAGAAACUUCAAAAGUUAAUAAUCUUGAAUAUCAAGAAUGA